GGUGGAGACCCAGUGAUUGGAUGCAUCAAUCAAGGAGGUUCAGUUAGAAUAUCUCGAUCAUACAAUCCAACAGGGCAGAAGUCAAACAUCCAGCUUCCAACAAAUGAGCAAUCGGUGGGUCUGAAAGACGUGAAUGGAAACUACGUGGAUGGAAUAAUUUCCUGCAGUUUCCAAUUGGCACCAGAGAUAUCUGCUAACGGUCAAACUUUCAACCUCGCCACUACUGCUUAUUUCCCCCUUCUGGCAUUGGGGUCGGCCACCUCCACAGGCCAGUUGCAGUACCACUCCAUGAGAGCAUCAACGACAGGCGCCUUUGAGUUCCUUGAGCAGGAAGAUCCAUAUGAUGGCUGUGGGAACGAGAAGAUAUGUAUCGGAUGUGUAGGAAAUCAAUGCGUGGAAUCCAAAGGAUGUCUUCAAGACAAAACUUGCGACAUGUUUCUGUCCUUCAUUCCUGCAAAGCCAUCCGAGACUUUCAUCACAAUCACCAUCAUGAGACAGGGAGCUGGAGUGUCCUCCUAUGUUGCAAUGGGAUUCUCGAAGGACGUGUUCAUGCGCUUUUGCUCCUGCUUGGAUACGGGACGAGAUCAUGUAGUGGAAUGCGUGACAGAUUCUGGAAUUUUGGACUUAUCCCGGUCCUACAACCCCGCAUACGGCAAAAAUUCCCGUCUGCCUGAAGAGGAACGGAGACAAGGAAUUGCUGUAAAGUCGAGUUCGUUUAGCAAUGGUGUUUUGACAUGCACAUUUACGCACGACUUGGUGACAUCUUCGACCCUCGGUGGGAAGUUGGAUUUAGCCUAUGCCAACCUCUACCUGCUCCUCGCCGAUGGGAAAACUACCUCUUCCAGUAACGAGACUGAACUUCAGCUGCACACAAACCGAGGAAGUUCCCCAUCCCCGUAUGCUUUCGUGUAUUCAUCGCUUCCAAGUGUUACAGCUUCACCUGCUCGCAUCUCGACACCUACGACAAUGAUGAAUUCGGGGUCCGGAUCCGUGAACGACGUUUAUAGUGCGUGUGGCCAUACCAUUGGGUGCUUCGGAUGUAAGGGCCCCACGUGCGAUUCCAAGUGUUUGUCUACCCGGGAUUGCAACGGUCUCGUUGCAUUCCUAGGAUCUCCAGACCGGAAAGAAGUCUCAUUCACCCUUGUUGGCCAAAUCUCUCAAAACAUGGCAUACGUCUCUGUCGGCAUCUCUACUGAUAGCAAAAUGGGAGGAGAUGGAGUGGUGGAGUGCGUUAAUGAGGGUGGAAAAGUCAACAUAUACAGGUCCUUCAAUGUCAAUGGAAGUAAAAAUAACAAGAGACUUCCUCAGGUUGAGCAAAAUGUGGGGAUCUCAGGGAAAUCUGAUAAUGUGGGCUUCCACGAUACCGCAUUCGGAGCAUCAGGGGAAGCAGUGGAUCUCUUCGAUUUUGUCAUACCAGAGGGCCCAAGUAAUAAGCUGAUGUACGUUCAUGGUAUCUGCAUGACUUUGGCCUGGAUCUUCUUCGCCUCCAGUGGCAUCAUCACUGCGAGAUACUUAAAGAAGACCUGGGUCGGCCAGCAGGCCUGCAAGAAAGAUGUUUGGUUCACGAUUCACCGGAGCUUCAUGAUGAUGGCAUGGGCGUUAACUAUCAUCGGUUUCUUCUGCAUCCUUGCUUACGAAAACUGGGAAUUCCACAAUGAGCCCCAUUACUUAGUGGGAAUCGUGGCGGUGGCGUUGUGUUUCAUCCAACCCUUCAUGGCAGCUGUGAGGCCCCAUCCUGGCGACACUUUAAGGCCCAUCUUUAACUGGGCUCAUUGGGGAGUUGGCACCGCUGCUCAUAUCCUCGCAGUGGCGAACAUAUUUUUGUCAUUCGACCUGGAUUCCAUCGCAUUCCCCAUACAAGCCUACGGCAUCAUGGGGGUCUUCGUCGCGAUAUACGUACUUGCUCAUGUCAUCCUUCAGGCCCAGGUAUCCUUUGUAUUGGACAACAAAGUGGAAUCUGUCAUGCUGACGAACAAUGGUGGAACAAAGGCAGACGCAAAGGGAUCGGUGCUUCGGCAGAUGACUUUCACAUUAUUCCUCGUUGCAUCUGGAAUCAUCGCAGUUCUGAUAUCCAUGCUGAUCGUGGGAAAGGUGGAGCUUUAAGAUGAAGGGUGAAAAUCCAUCAUCAUGAAUAUGACCAAAUGAAGAGGAAGAAUCUCUCUACCCUCAUUUUAUAUGAAAGUGAGCAGCAUCAGAUUAGGGAUAUGGGGGAGAUGUGGCUUUGAUUGGAAGUUGAGAUAAUGAAUGCAUGGGCUAGUGAUUUGUGUUAAAGGC